AUGGAGAGCCAUGGAGAGGAUGGGAAGCAUCCGUGCACGGCCAACCUGGUGGAAGCCAAGGGAAAUCUUUGGAGCACCGAGAUUCCAAUCGGGGUGGCGAAGCUGAUGUUGGAGGCCCCAAGUCACCCGAUGGCGCUUGCUGAGGAGGUGGUGAGGACACAAUGCAUGUCCGAUCUGUGGGCUGACGAGAAGUUGCGGCCCGAAGAGUUGUACUUGCUACUUUCAGUGGAGCAGAUCGGAUCCAAGCUUUCCAAUCAGCAAAUGGCGGUCAUUGUUGGGGCCGUCAAAGAUGGAAGGAGGAAGGGGAAGAAGGGCUAUGGAUCUGGGAAUCGGGUGUUUUCGAAGGCAGCCAGUCGGAAGGAGGAAGAGAAGAAGGGAGGGAAGAAGGGGUUUUUGGAUGGGAAGUUCACCAAAUUUCUCGAUCAAAGAAUUGGUGGUUACCGGCAGUGGAGACCCGUGCUUGACACCAUCCACGAAUCCAAUUAG